AUGCACCGUGCUCUCGGGCUCUUGCUCCUCAGCAACCUCUUCACCUUCUUCCUCGCGCGGUGGUGGCUGCUGCCCUUCCCGCCCGCGGCGCCCCUGGCGGCGCCACGUCAGCUCUUCAAGGCGGUGCUCAUCCCAGAACCUGCCAAGGCCGCCGGGAUCCAGGUGCCGCUGGCGGACUGCCUGGCGGCCGCGCUCGACGCGAGGGAGGGCCCCCGCUCCUGUCCCUCGCCCUGCCCCGCUUGCCCGGUCUGCGAGGCCGCAGGCAAGCAGUGCCCCUCGCUGCACUGGGAGUUCGGCCUCGGGGUCGUUUUGCUGCUGGGCUGGGGUUCGCCCGCUGCGCGCUGGGGCUCGCUUGCCGGGUCGCGGGCGCCGCCUGCGGCCGUCGCGCUAGACCCGGCCGCUCGAGUCGGCGACGAGUUGUGCGUCGUGUAUGGCGAGCCUCCGCCGCGGCUCCUGCAGAAACGCGGGGACGUCGGCCUGUCGGCGACGAACGUGGAACACUUCGCUGUCGUCAGCCAGCGCCGAUUUCCGCGACUGGUGGAAGCACCGCGCCGCUGGCGCCCCAGCGGGCGUCCGCGUCCGUCCAGCAGGUGCACGGUAUUACGACUCCGCGGUCGCGCCGCUGGGCCCUUCGGUAGAGGGGUGGCGGUUGGCAUCCCGGCUGGCAUGGCCGCGGCCGCCGCGGCCGGGCUUCUUGCUUUUGCCGCCGGCGCCGGCGCCGCGCCUCCCGCCGUGGGCGCUGCCGCCGCUGGGGCCCCGUCGCCGCGCCUGCCCCCGCUGGCUCGGCGAGCCUGGCAGCUUUGGUGGCCGGCCCCGCCGCUGGCCCCCCCGCCGCGCCCGCCCCGGUUGCCGCCUCUUGCAGCGCCGCCCCUGCCAUGCCCGGCAGUGGCGACCUGCGUGCAAUCGCGACCGUCAGCGGCGACCAGGGUCAGCGACGCCGCGCGCAUCGUGACAGCGCCCAGCUCAUGCGGCCUACGGUCUUUCAAGGCUGGCCCGUCGCGGGCCCGUCCACAUGCGGCUGGGUCGCGACCUGCCGGGUGGACAACGGCGGCUCACCUCUCGGGCACCACCUCGCUUGGAAUUGCUGCCCAGGGCGCCGGCGUUCCUCCCGACAACCCGAUCGUCUCGAUGCGCUGCGAGUUCUCGGAGGCCAUGCAGGUUGCCCAGUCGCCUGGCGUCGGCCCCGAGCGUUGCCUUGCCGACCUCUGCUCCAGUUGUCCGCUAUGCACUGCAGGGCGCAGCGACGUGGCAUCCUGCAGCGAGGCUCUCGCGUUGCGGCCCAGCGGGGGAUCCGCGCUGGCGGCGCCGCGGGCCGCCCUGCUCAUGGCUGGCCGUUCAUGGCAUCAUGGCUGCAGGAUCGGAAGGCCCGCGUGCUUCGCCCGCCGGCGGAAGCAGAUGCUCUACGGAGCGAUGUCGGUCUCCGUCGACCCCGCGUUGAUCCUAAGGCCGCGGGGCCUGCCAGGCGCGUCCGUCGUCGUCGAGAAGUCAGGCCAGCAGCGAUUAGUCUUCGAUGCGCGCGUCGGCGCCUCCGCCCGCGUGGAGACGGAGGGCGGCGGCGACGCGUGGUUCAGGUGCGGGGGCGUCUACGCUGGCCUGACUGGCGUUGGCGCUCUGGGCGGCGUCGCCGUUGACGAAUCGGAGUGGCUGCUGCCCGAGCUCGCCGCCCUGCCGAUGGGCUGGUCUUGGGCCUGUUGCCUCCGCCUCUGCGUCGCAGAGGCCUCCCUGGCCGGUGUCCGCGCGGCCCCGGAGCAGUUGGUCUGUGACCGCAGCGUGGGUCCAGGCCGUCGCAAGCAGGGUCGAGCGCGAGCUGUCGUCGUUGGGUUUGUCGUGCGCGGGCAGGUGGGCGCCGCCCGCCAGGCCGACUUCGUCGGCCUGGACCUCGACGCCCAGUGCUCGCCCGCCAUAUUCGACGCCGUCUGCGCCGUCAUCCUGGCGGCGAAGGACGAGGCUCAACCGCUCUGGUCUGCGGUCCGCCGCAAGCUCUGGCGGGCGCGCUCGCCCCUGCUGCUGUUCGUAGUCCUCGCCAGGUGGCGCUAUUUUUGCGAGGGCUUGGCGCGCGCGUGGGCGGCGGGCACGGCGGCAGCGCUUCGCGACCCCGGGCGGCUGCCGUCAGAGGAGGCCAAAAAUUGGAACAAGACGUUCGGGGAGGUAGUUCCCGAUCAGCUCGCUGGCGACGGCUGUUCCGUCACUCGCAGCUUCCCCUGGUGGGGCACCUUCGACAACUGCCGUGCCGACGGCGUGGCCGUCAGCUUUGGCCGCCGCCAGUGGCGCGCCGCCGGGGCUUUCGGCGAGCGUGUCGUCUGCCUCGUUGACACCGUGUCGCUCGCGCUCGCAAUUGGCGCGCGCGAGCUUGCGUGGUCCCAGCUCAACGCCAUCGUGGUGGCCUACAUCGACUUCCUAUUUUUCCAGGGGCACAGCGGGGGCGACGUGUCUCGCCUGCUGGCGGCUCUCCAGUUUUUCCUUGCUCCCAUCGGGCGGCAGAGGGACCUGGCGCUGUUCCAUUCGUCUCGCGGCCUGGCGCAUUGGGGCGAGUGCGCCCCGCGUCGGCGGCUGAUCGAGGAUGGCAUCGCGAUGGCCCUCAGCUUCGCCUGCUGCCCGCGCCCGUCCGAAUGCGACCUGCUGGCCGCCUGCCAGCGUGGCCGCCCGGACAAGGCGGGGCUCCAGGAUUUUACCGUGGUGAUGGACAUCUACCCAUUCCUCGCCCCAGCUUUGCUGGCGCUCGAGCGGCGGGCCAUGGCGCCCUUGAGCUGGCCGCGGUCGUUCCCCGUGGCCUCGCCGGGGAUGGCCGCGAGGGAGCGCCGCGGCUGGGCCUCGGACGAGAACUUCCGCCGCUGCGAGAAGCGGGCCCGCAUUGUCGCCGGGCUGCAGCGCGACGGGGCGCUCGUCGUCGCCUUCCGGCCAGCGUUGCAUGGUAGCGGAGCGUCGGUCUAUCCGGCGCUCGCGCGCACCAGCCCCAGGCCGCGCUCCCGCGCGGCCCGCCCUGCCCACGCCAGCCACGGCGUCGGCGAUAUCGGUGCUGCUGGCGUGUGGCUGCUGGUGACGGACGAGGCAGAGGCUUCGGUCAAGCAAACCGACGGGAGAGUGCAGCGCCGCUGGCGCCACGUGGUGGCGAAGGUGCUGAAGCAGAAGUUUCUCAAGGGCUUCUGGGCGGUGCUCGGUGAGUACCUCAACUACGUCAAGCGCAGGAUCCAGAACGCCCAGCUGUCCCAGCAGGCAGAGCAGAUGCAGCAGCAGAACGUGCAGAUCAGGACGGAGCUCGCUCGGCAGGUGCAGGCGCAGGGUGAUCUGCCACGUCUGGCCGAGCAGCUCGGCGACGCUGUGCAGAAGCUAUCUGAAGAACGCAAGGAGAAGUCGUCUGCGCCGGCCUUCUCCCUUGUAGACACCAAGGGGUUGGGCAAGCCCUCCAUCUUCAAGAAUGAGGAAGCCAAGUUCCUGGAAUGGUACCGCAAGACCAAUGCGUACCUGACGGCGAUCUUCGGAGAGCAGUUCCGCAAGUUGCUGGAGUGGGUGGAGAACCAGGCGCAGGAGACCACGGUGAUCAGCAUGGAGGUUCUGGAGGCGCGGUUCGGCAGCGACGACGAUGACGAAGAUGAGUUCAUUCCGGACCUCCGCGAGAAGGUCAGCCAGCUUUACGUCGCACUCCAGACGCUGACCGAGGGUGAGAGCUUUGCCCUAGUGAUGAACACUCCCAAGGGCAACGGCGCUGAGGCGAUGAGGAAGCUCAUCCGGCGCUGGGACCCAGCGUCAGGGGGCAAGCGCCGCGUUCUCUUGAAGCAGAUCAUGAACCCGCAGCGGUGCACCCUCAGCGACCUGUACGCGAAGCUCGAGGAAUGGGAGAAGCUCAUCCGCCGGUACGAGAGGAAGAAGGCAGAUGGCAUGGGCAAGGUGGUCGACGACGACGCGAAGGUCGCGGCCCUGGAGACCAUGGUGCCGGAAGAGCUCGAACUCCACCUCGCGAUGAACAAGCAUAGGCUAGACACGUCGGAGAAGGUCGUAGAGGAGAUCCGGAGCUUCCUGGAGUCGAGACAGUCGCAAGGUGCCCUCCUCCGACGGAAGCGAGGUGACCCGAUGGACGUUGACUCGCUGUACAAAGGAGGCAAGGGCAAGUCCAAAGGCAAGGGUGACAAGAACGGCAAGAAGGGCCAGACUCCCAAGCCGCGUGACAAGCGGACGGUGCAGUGCUGGCGUUGCAGUGGCUGGGGCCAUACGUCGAAUGAGUGCACUGCCCGCCUGCCUGGCGGGAAGACCGGCGACGGCAAGGGCGGCGAAGGCAAAGGUAAGGGCAAGGACACAGACAAGGACAAGUCCAAGGGCAAGAACCGCCGCUGGGACACCAACUCCUUCGAGCCCGGUGCCGCGUCGAGCUCGGGCCAGCCGGUGCACGGAGACAACUGGGAGGACGGCAACAACAGCACGGUCACCAGCCUUCCGCCCUCAGCGAGCCAGGUGGGCUCCACGAACCUCGGCUCCUUCGAGCUGCGCGCGUUUGAGCUCAACAGCUUCGACGAGACCGUCGACGACCAGGAGUGGAUCAGGUUCACGUUUGACUCGGGCGCGGCCGUGACCACCUUCCCUGAGAACACCAAGGGCGAGAGGCUCCCGGCCGAUCCGAACGCGAGCUAUCGGACGGCCAGCGGUGAGAUCAUAGCCGACUCGGGCGGGGUAUGCAUCCAAGGGCGAUCCGAGUGGAGCGAGCCGAUCAGACUGAAGGCGCGCUUGGCCAGCAUCCACAAACCGCUGGUCUCGGCCUCGCAGACUCACCGCACGGGUCGGGCCACAUGGCUGACAAAGGAGGGUGGCUACAUCCUCCCGGCCGGCUCGGACAUCGUGAACCGCGUUGACGCUCUCAUCCGUGAUGCUGUGUGGAGCGAGCCGGGCGUGGUGCCUCUGUACGUUGAGAAGGGCAUCUACGCAGGCUACAUCAAGAAGAACGAGGGAGGCCACGUCAGGAGGGUCUCGUUCGGCGACCACCGCGAGAGCUGGGACCUGUGCCCGGUCGACGGCGGGUCGCCAGUCCCUCACCGGCAGGCCGAGCGGGAGCAGCACUUGGCAUCCGGACACGCGGUCUACCGCUCGUGGUGCGAGGAGUGCGCGCGGGCAGCCGGCCUGGGCGCCCAGCACGCCCGGCGACCUGAGGAUCGUGAUGGCGCCGACCCGGUCGUCAGCAUGGACUUCGCCUUCAUCGGGGAGAAGGUCCAGGACGUGGAGGACGACGGCUCCAUCCCCAUCUUAGUGGUGACGGACCGCAAGUACGGCAUGAAGGGGGCGACCGCCGUCAAGGACAAGACCGCGUCCGACUUCGUGGUCAAGUGGCUCGUGGGCUUCUUGAAGCACCUCGGGCACCGCCGCGUCGUGCUCAAGUCCGACGGCGAGGCGAGCAUCUGUGCGAUCAAGAAUGCAGUGAUGGUUGGUGUGGGCCAGCAUGUCGAGUGCAUCCCGCAGGAGUCGCCCAAGGGCGAGCACGAGAGCAACGGCGAGGUCGAAGCCAGCGUGAAGGAGGUGAAGGUCAUCCGAGCGAACUUCUUCUCCAUGCAGAAGUCCUUCGGCUUCGAGAUCUCGCCCGGGCAUCCCAUCGCCAGGUGGCUGCCCCAGUUUGCCGCGGACUCCAUCUCCAAGUUCAGGCUCGGCGUUGACGGCAUGUCGGCCGAGCAGCGGAGGCGCGGCCGCCCCUGGAGGAAGUUCGCGGCGGAGUUCGGCGAGAGGGUGCACUACCGACCUCUCGGAGUCGGAGACGAGAGGAGCACGGUGGCCCCCAAGAUGCUCAUGGGGCACUUCGUGGGCUACCACUCGCGGACAGGCGCGCUGCUCGUCAUGACGCAGUCGGGUGUAGUGCGGGCCCAGGGCUUCAAGCGCCUACAUCGAGCCCAUGCAUGGUCACCGGAGGCGCCAGGGUCAUGGGGCAGGCUUGCUGGGCUGCCGUGGGAGGUUUCCCCCGCGGCGUUGCUCGCGCAGCCCGUGGGCCCGAUCACCGUGACCAGAGACACGCAGGAGGACCACGACACCGUGGUCAGGAGGCGCUACGUACUCAAGAAGGACAUCGAACGCUUCGGAGCCACUCCGGGGUGUCCAGGUUGCGCAGACCUCAUGGCAAGGGGGUCGGCGCGGGUCGCGCACUCUCAAGAGUGCCGCGAUCGCAUCGAGGCCGAGCUGAUGAAGGACUCGGCAGGCCAGCGGAGACUGGCGGAGCACCACUUGAGGGCGAGUGCUCGCGAGGCUCAGGCGGAGGAGAGCGCGGCGCAGCCGGCGCCCCAGCCUGGAGCGGCCGCAGCCAGCGGCGGAGGAGCCGCCGCGGCCAGCGGCGGAGGAGGCGCCGCGGCAGGACCCGGCGCGGACGUGGCCAGGGCAGGUCCACGUGCGAGCGCCCCGGCGACGCCACCGGCAGCAUCGAGGAAGCGUGCUGCGAGCGUAUCCGCCGAGGAGCGCCGCCCGCCGCAGUUGCGAGACGGGCCAAGGGGGCUCAAGAGAGCCGGGAGCGAGCCGGACCUCCACGGGCAGAUGAUCGUGGACGGAGGCUCGAGCUCGUCGGCUGGACCGGCGAGCGCGGCAGCGUCCGCCGGGCUGGUACAGCCCGCGCCUAGCCCAGAGGGGGCUAGAGGAGGAGGCGACAUGGAGGACUUGGCAGGGCCAGCUGCGCGGGCUGGCAGCUCCAUGGACGUCGGCGCCUUUGACGAGGUCAAGGGCAAGGUCUACAGGGAGAUCCUGGCGCUGGUGAGCGCCACGGACCUGAUCGGCGACAACGCCAUGUCGAUCAAGGAGCUGAAGGAGGUAUCCGCGCUGUUGACCGAGAUCAACGGGGUCGACCUCGCAGAGGUCUACUCGCCCGAGCGCUUCAAGGGUAAGGCGCUCGGCAUGGCCCUGACAGCAGGCCUCGCGGCGGACCUCUACGCCGGCUGGGACUUGCUUCGCGAGGACCACCGCCGAGCAGCCAUGAAGAAGCUGCUGGAGGACGACCCUCUCCUCACGGUGACCUCACCGCCGUGCACGGUCUUCUCCAAGCUCAGGCAGCUCAGCAACUUCAAGCGGGACGAGGGCAUCGUGGCUUCCGAGGUCCUCGAGGGCGAGACGCACCUGGAGUUCUCCAUGAAGGUGUGCGAGAGCAGGCAUCAGCGAGGAGCACUUUUCCUGCUCGAGCACCCCUGGGGCGCAUCCUCCUGGUCGCGGCCGUGCGUCCAGAGGGUCAAGGAGUUGCCGGGCGCGUACUUGGUGCGCGGCCCGAUGUGCCGCUGGGGCCUCCACGCUCGGGGGCCCGAUGGGCGCGAGGCAUUCGUGCGCAAGGAGACGGGCUGGCUGACGAACUCACAGGUCUUGGCCGGCAUCCUUGCUGGGGAGUGCCGCUGCCCGUCAAUCGGCGGCGAACCCUACCGGCACGUGCACUUGCUCGGUGACAAGAGGGCUCUAAGGGCGCAGGUGUACCCACCCCGCCUGGUCAGAGCCAUCCUUCGCGGCCUCAGGGAGGAACUUCGAGCUCGAGAAUCGCUGUCUGACCUGGCGGGCUUCACCGCCGGGCCCUCGCCGCACGCCGAGGACAUGGACCAGGAGGCGGAGGCGUUCGUGGACGACGUCCGCGGGGGCUUCCUCGACCCGCUGAAGGUGAAGGAGGCCAGGGCUGAGGAGCUGGAGUGGCGCCGUAGCCGCGGAGUGUGGAAGAAGGUUCCACGCCGCGAGAUGGAGGCGGAGGGAGGUCGCGCCAUCGACACGCGGUGGAUGGACACCAACAAGGGGGACCUCGAGCGACCGCUGUAUCGCUCGAGGCUCGUGGCACGGGAGAUGAAGGUCCGCCGGCGCGCCGAGGGGCUGCUGCCGCCGCAGCAGGACCUCUUUUCGGGGACGCCACCGCUGGAGGCGUUCAAGGCGCUGGUCAGCCUUUUCCUCAGCAGGGCGUUCGAGCAGUUCCAGAGCUCGGAGCCCCGCGAGGUGCUGUACAAGUUCUACGACGUGUCGCGUGCCCACUUCUACGGGCACGUGCAGAGGCGCCUCUGGGUGGAGCUUCCACCCGAGGAGCGUCAGGGCGAGGAGGAGCCGCUUGCCGGGCUUCUCCUUCGCACGAUGUACGGCACGAUGGAUGCGAGCCAGGUCUGGCAGGGAGACUACGUCGAGCUGCUCAAGUCCGUCGAGCUCCUGCAGGGGAAGUCGAGCCCCGCCAUCCUGUGGCACCCAGGGCGUGACAUCGCCCUCGAGGUGCAUGGCGACGACUUCGGCGGGCUGAUGUAUGCAGACGACGAGGCCUGGUUCGACGAGUUGCUGAAGAAGUAUGACUACAAGGUCACGGGCCGCCUCUCCUCGGCGGCCGAAGGGGUCCAGAGCACGGUCUACCUGAACCGCGUGCUCAUCUGGGAUCCCGCCGCAGGCGAAGCACGUAUCGAGUCUGACGUCCGUCACGUCGACAUGAUCCUUCGAGACCUGCACCUGUGCGACGCCAAGCCGGUGCAGACGCCUGCGGUCAAGAAGAGCGUGACCGAGAUGAUAGAAGCCUCGCAGUCCCAGACGCUCGACGACGCACAGUCCAAGCUCUACCGCUCGCUGGUCAUGCGCGCGAGCUACAUCGGGCAGGACAGGCCGGACCUCAGCUACAUAGCGUCUUCUCUGGCCAAGUCGAUGAAGACGCCACGCGAGUCGGACAUGAUAGACUUGAAGCGCCUGGGACGAUAUCUCAAGCAGGCCAGGGCCGGCUCGCUGGUGUUCAAGCUGCAGGAAGUCCCCACGCGCGUCGAGAUCUUUGUAGACGCUGACUGGGCUGGCGAGGCUACCACCAGGAAGUCGCGCAGUGGCAUGAUGCUCAUGCUCGGCUCCCAUCUCGUGAAGCACGCUUCCACUCAGCAGACCACAGUCGCGCUGUCUUCAGGGGAGUCCGAGUACUAUGCGAUGCUGAAGGGUGCGAGCCACGCUCUGGGGCUUCAGUCAAUGCUCCACGAUUUCGGCUUGCAGCAUCUAGAGAGGCCACUACUGCGCAGUGACAGCGUGGCGGCCGAGGGCAUCGCCACGCGGCAAGGCCUUGGCGCUGUCCGCCAUAUAGACACGAGAUUCUUGUGGCUGCAGGACCAGGUCAAGGCAGGCAAAGUGGAGAUCAAGCACGUGCCGGGGCUCCAGAGCCCGGCCGAUGCGUUCACAAAGGCGCUGGACCAGACACAUCUGAGGCGGCAUUUUGAGGCUAUGGGCUUUAAGGUGCGCGACGAGGGCAGCCGGCUCCAUCGUCCCGCACUGAUGCGGGAGGCGCGGACGACGUGCAUUGAGAGUGGUCGGCCGUGCACGGACCUGGCGGGCGAGAGGCCUGCAGGCAUGCGCGGCCUUGGCGCCGCGGGGCUAAGCCUCGCAGGGGUCUGCGGGGUACUUCAGGUGCGCGGCGGCGUCCGCCAUAUCUGUAACUGCUGGGACCAGGAGAUCCGCGCUGACUUCGCGGGCGUGCCGGAGAACGCCGUUAACAAAAUCGACGCGGGCGGGCGCGUGCAGUGGAUGGAAACCCACUUUGACGUGGAGCCCCAGGCGCGUGCGAAGCAUGAUCUGCGCUCCUACACGGCCGUUGGGCGUCUUCUCGCCGAUGUGGUUUGCAGCGCCCAACCAGAAGAUUUCGCAGAUGACUACCUUCGCGAGGUGAUCAAAACCAAUUUCAAAGCGAACGAUUGCCCUUCCAGUGCGGAAGGCGAUCCAGCGAGCUGGAAGGCGCCCGAGAUCACGCCAGCCAUGGUCGUGUUUGCUUUGCGCGUCCAGGGCCGCUUCGCCCAGGCACUGGGGACCGAGGCAGCGCAGAGCUCUAAAGGUGACCAGCUGAAAAACGGCGCGCUGAAGGACGCACUCGCAGAGUUCGUGACAUGUCAGGCCGAGAAACAGGCUGCGAAGUCGAGAGGUUUGUCACUUGAUUGCGCCAAAAAGAUCGGCGAGGUUGGCUUCUCGUCCUUUCCGCCAGAAGCGAUGCCAUCGGAGGAGUUCCUCACCGAUUGGGGGGUGGCCGCGGAGGUUGCCGCUCAUAAGGGCUGCAUCUACGUCGGCAGCGCCGACGCUGAUGACCUCAUGGCGAGGCUCCGGCCGGCUUGGGCGAGGUCUCCCCCAAUCGAUUUGCUUCCGAGCGGAGGUGCUUGUGACGAUCGCUUCAAGGCAGCGCUCGACACGGGAAAAGCGCGGUCCGUGGAGGAAAAUGUGGGUCACCACGGUUUCGCGACCUUCAUCGGGCACUUGUUUUCGUGGGGCUUCAAACUCGUCAUGAUGAAAGCUUGCAGUCAGACGCACUUGCUGUCGUGCGUGUUCAUCCUCGCCCGCGCGGCGGAGCAGACGUCGCGGGAUAAUCUUGAGUGGGCUCUUGCUCUGCUGGCUUCUGAAGAGCCCGCUGCAAUGCCGCCAAUGCUAGUUGGAGCGUUGCAGCGGGCGGAAUCUCUAACGCGUUCUAAAUUGCAGGCGCGCCUCGCCGGCGAGCUCCAGUAUUGGGCCGAGAGAAAGCGCGUGACAGACCCUGCGUGGCGGCAGACAUUUGCGCGUUUGCCUGUGCGCUGCCAGUUCGUGCUCGGCCCGGAUAAGGUAGUCGAGAAGAAAGCGCGGCGGACGCGGCUGCAUCCAGCCGCGGUGGGCAUCUCUGCUCGGUUCCCAGCCCUGGAGGGUCGCUCCCGAGUGAAUCGCGGUGCACUCGCGGGCCCGUCAGGCGCGGCGGCGCGUGCGCAGCGGCUUAUCCAGCUGACCGGCUGGGAACUUGAACCGAACGAACGGGCGCGGGUGCGCCGCAUGACUUCGGCCGCUGUGCUGGGCGUCGAGGUGCGUUCCGUGCCUGGUGAGGCCGUUGAGGUGUGGAGCUCCUUCGACGGGGUGCCGCUGUCCGUCGUCGGCGCGUUCUUGGGCCUUUGCAACUCGCGCGAUCUCACGGUGGCGAAAGCGAGCGUUCCCCAGCCGCCGGGCCCCCUGCCGCGGCCGCCGCGCGGGGCCGCUCAGGCGCCGCCCUCGGAGCGACCCGGCGCGGCAGUUCACGGCCGCGAUAAUGGCAUGGCGCGGGCUGCUUUGCGCUCGUGCGCGGCGGCGCGGGCAUCUGGCCGGCUCCCUGGGCCGAGCGUGCUCGCCGACGCCAUUGCUGCAGUGGCCAGGGCGGGCCCGCGGGCGACCCGCAACCCUCCGGGAGCGCCGCGACAGGAGCUGGCGCGUAUCUCGCGCGAAGGCGUUGCGCUGAACGCGACGGCGGAGCCGGCGGCGUGGCUGGAGUUCUGCGGUUGGAAUGCCAGCGCUGCAGGCUAUGCGUCGGCGGUGAGGCUCUACGCCCGGGUGCAGCUGCAGGCGCAACAGAUCGCGGAGUUGAGAGACCUGCUGCAGAGGCAGACGCAGGAGCUCCAGAGGAUGGCCGCAGCACAGCCUGCAGCACCAGCGCAAGCAGCAGCACCAGCGCCCCCUGCAGCGCCACGACGGAUGGAAGGUAUCCUUGACAGCAAGAUCGUGGGCAAGGUCAAACAGUUUGAUGGCCAACGCUCCUCGUGGAAGACCUUUGAGUUUCACUGGAAGGCCUAUCUAGUGGCCAACGACUUUCGCUUCAGGAGGAUGUUCCAGGCCAUCGGAGAUGAACCAUAUGUAGCUAUGCUAGUGAACGACGUAGGCAGUGUGAAUAAUCCAGACUUCGAGCCUCUUUCCAGCCAGCUGUACUUUAUGCUGGUGCUUGCGAUGCCCGAGGACAGCACGGGUGAGAGCAUCCUCUCCAACACCGCAGAGGGCGAGGGCGCCCUGGCUUGGAAGAAGCUCUUGAAUGAGUACGCUCCCAACGAGCCUGGUAAUAUCGUGGGACAGUUUCGGAAGAUUCUUGGCACCGUGUUCCCUAAGGAUGCGGACAUCGUCACCGAAAUCAUGAAGCUGGACAAGGAGAUCGCCCGCUAUGAGAAAGCGAGCGGAGAGACAGUGUCAGCGAAUAUCUCUCGCGGUAUCCUCCUAGGCGCUCUCGCAGAGGAACCCGACCUCCAGAAGCACUUGUUCCGCAACCUUCGUAGCCUGCCCACCUACGCCGAUAUGCGAGCGGAGGUGGUGAAUGCCCUCGCAGCCCAGAGGAGCGCGAAUGAGGAUGCCAUGGACAUCGGUGCGCUCAAGGGCGGCAAGCCGAAGGGCGGCAAGCCGAAGGGCGGCAAGGACAGCAAGGGCGGCAAGGACAGCCAGGGCAAGAAGGGCAAGGGCCACGAGUCCCAGCCCUCAGAGAAGUGGUGCAGUUACUGCGAGAAGCCGAACCACGUCCGCUCCGAGUGCCGCAAGAAGGCUGCGGAUGAUCGGCGACGUGAGGCAGAUGGGGCCGCGACGAAAGCUAAGCAUGCCACAAAGGAGCGCCAGAAGCAGCGGAGGGCUCAGGCGAAGGCUGGAGCCUUGUCCGCUGGCACCGUGCCGACACUGCCAGGUGCAGGGACUCAGGCGCCGCCGUCACCACCAAACCCAGGUGCGCCAGGUACAGCGCCAUCCUGCGGCGCGAGCAGCGCGAGCACCAUCCCUGUAGGGCUGCGAGCUUUGACCACGAGCUCGGAGGGCACGUCCAGCACCAUCGCCCCCAGGUUUGUUUUCGGGCUGGAGGCGAUCGAGGCCGAGGAGAGGCAGGCGACCAUCGCGGUGGUUAGCCACAAGCCGAAGGAUGCGAUCAUGAUCGACAGCGGUGCGCAGAUCUCGGCGAUGCCCGGCAAGAUGGUCUACGACGCGGGCUACGCGACCCAGAAGUCGAAUAUCCAGGAGCUGCGUGCGAUUGACGGGGGCAAGGUCCCUCACCAUGGCCGCACCGACGUCAAGAUUCGACGCGGAGAUGCAGUCCUGCAGCUGGGUAUGGAAGUAGCCGACAUCGCAGGUGCCAUCACGAGGCGAGGCCAGUCAGUCCUGCACUCGCCGAUGGGGGACUGGAUCGUGGAUGCGCCGAUGCUGCCGCCCGACGGCGCCGAGGUGAUCAAGCUGAAGAAGGAGCGCUCGGCCUGCUACUUGGAGUUCGACGAGCUGCUGAAGGACGGCCAGAACGCCGAGCAGAGCAAGGUCAUGGCGGCUCUUCGACCGCAGGAGCCUGAGGAGGCCCAGAGAUGGGCGGAUUUCCACACGGACCCCAAGCAGGAUGUGGGCAUUUUGGCUGCCGCACGCAAGACGCUGGCGCCCACGACGGUGCUUACGAGUACGUAUGCGGCUCUUCCUCGAGUGCUUGGUCCAGACCCUUCGGAGAACGCCGCCCUGAAGGCGAAGGAGCUCACGAGACCAGGACAGCCGACGGCGCAGGAGAGGCGCGCCCAUGCGGCACACCACCUGCCGUUCAGGCCUUGGUGCCCCGAGUGUGUGAUGGGGCGAGGCCGUGAGCAACCGCAUCCGAAGCAUCAUAACAGCCCUGAGCUUGACGCGGACCAGGUGCCGAUUGUGGAGAUGGACUUCUUCUUCGCGGCCACCGACGAGAUCGCGAGGAAGUGCCCGAUGCUCCACGGCUACGUCGCGAAGCUCGUCGAGGCCAAGCGCAUCCCCAGGGACGAGCGGCGCACGAUGAUCCCUGUGCUGAACAUCGUCGACGGGAGGUCGAAUGCGCUGGGCACGCUGAUGACGAACAAGACGGUCGGGCAGUACAAGACUCUGUACGUGGAGAAGCUGAUAGACUCGUGGGGUCACACCACAGUUGUUCUACUUACUGAUGGCGAACCCGCUAUCGUGGCCAUAGCCGAAGAUGUCAAGAAGCAUCGGAGCCAUGGCACCAUCGUUCGUAAAGCCGCCGCGCAUUCUCAUCAAAGCAUGGGGCGCGUGGAAGGCGCCAACUCUCUGGCAGCGGGCCUCUUGAGGACUUUCAGGUUCGCUCUGGAGAAGCGGUUGGAAGUCACGCUCGACGCCGACCACCCGAUCCUACCCUUCGUGACGAACGCGAUCGGCUGGUACAUCACUCGCUUCCAGCCGCGGGAGCACGGAGGGUCCUCCUGCAAGUUUCUCUUUGGCAAGGAGUACGAUGGAGAAGUCGCCGAGAUCGGCGAGCAGGUUUGGUAUCGGAUCGGUGGGCGGAUUGCCAGCGGCCAGGGCAAGUACGAGGCCCGCUUUGCAAAAGGCGUGUGGGCAGGGAAGUCGGAGUUCGACGACCAGCGCCUAGUCGUGGACUUGCAGCGCGGGCUCCUCAAGGUGCGCACGGCGCGCCGCAUGCCCGAGGAGUUCCGCUGGUCCGACGACCUGCUGAGGCAGAUCAGUGUGACGCCCUGGGACCCCGCGCCCGCUAGGGCCAAGGGGACUGCGAGGCCGAAGGGUCUCUACAUCGCAGAGAGGAUGAUCGACAGACAUGGACCGACUUCAGAGUGCCUCAAAUGUUCUACAGGACGAGGCCAGCACUCCGAUGCGUGCAGGCAGAGGUUCGAGCACAUCGUCCAGGAGGAGCUCGAGCGGAGGCUCAAGACUGAGGGAGCCUCGCCAGCGACACCUGCGCCGCCAGGCGUGAUGCCUGGCACGCCCGUGCUUGAGAGCGCGCCUGGUCCAAGACAGCGUUCGCCGCUUGAGGACCGAGCGCCGGGCACGCCGAGGCCAGGGGCGCAGGUGCAGGAGGGCACGUCAGGCCAACAUCCCCGGCGCUCUUUCGGGGACAUCCCAGACGCGCCGAUGGACACCACGGACGAUGCAACGCGCAAGCACAUGAUCGAGGCGGUAGAGACCGAGGACCAGAGCGGCAAGCGACAGAGGAUCGAGCUUCUUGGCGUGAGGCCUGAGGUGACCGUCAUCGCGGGCCUGUCGGUGUGCGAGCUCGCGGUCUGCGAGGCUGACGACUGCGAGGAGUACGACCCCGUCUGGGACCCGAUCCCCGCGCCAGAGAGCCGAUGCGACGGCAGAUGCCCAUCACAUGGAGGACGGUGUGCGCUUCGAGCUGGUCACCGUGGGGGCUGCGCCUGUCGGCUCUGCCUGAUCCACGCUGCGCGCGCCGUGGAGGCCCCGAGCGCGGUGGUGGCGGGCCUGUACGCCACGUGGGCUGACGGCCUGGACGACGAGGUCGAGAGCCCGCAGAUGGUCCACUACGACUACUACUCAGGCGAGCCGCUGGACGAGGAGCUCUACCAGGAGGGCAGGCGCGACGAGUUGGAGGCGAUGCGGGAAUACGGCGUCUACUCGGAGAUCCCCAUCUCGCAGUGCCAGCCAGGCGGGAAGCACGUAAGGGGCUUUCCGAUCGCCCACAUGAAGGGCGACAGGGUGCGCUGGAGGUUCGUCGCGACCGAGGUGAACGACAAGCACCGCGAGGACAACCACCAGGGCACGCCGCCGCUGAUGGUCAUCAGAUUGAUCAUCUCCCUCGCAGCGUCCAAGCCCGACGCUGACGGCGUGCACCGCCGCCUGCUGCGCGUCUGGGACGUCCGCAAGGCGUUCUUCAAUGCGGACUUGGACGAGCUGAUCUACGUCCAUCCAGGCUGGGAGCUCUGCCCGAAAGGCUUCUGCUGGGUCCUGCACAAGGCGAUGAAUGGGACGAGGAAGGCCUCACAGCUCUGGGGCGAGACGAGCAAGGCAGCGAUCGACGACGCUGGAGGCAAACCGCUGAUGGGCACAGCUGGCACCUACCACUUCGAGAACCUCGUGGGCGACGGCAUGGACUCCACGAUGUGCUGCCACGGCGACGACUUCCUGGCGGAGGGCCACCGCGACACCAUUGACGCCAUUGGCAACUUCCUGGAGGAGAACUUCGAGGUCACCGAGUCCGAGAGCAUCGGCCCAGGUUAUCCAGGUGAGCUGAACUACUUGAAGCGCGUCGUGGGCUACUCGAGCGAGCUGCCCGAGACCAGGAUUCCAGGCUUCUACUGGAGCGCCGACCCGAAGCACGUGGAGGAGCUCAUCCGCUGGGGCCGCAAGUCGGGCUCCAAGGCAGCGCCUACCCCUGGAACCAAGGCUGCGGGGGCAGGCAUGCGGAAUGCCCUGGACCCACUGCCCGCGGCCGAGGCCAAGUCGACCUCGUCAGCGGCGGGACUGAGCCUGUACGUCUCGAGCGACAGGCCUGACGCCAUGUUCAGCUCCAAGACGAUCAUGCAGCACGUCAGUAAGCCGAACGUGCUGAUGAACGCGCGCCUGCACCGCCUGUGCCGGUACUACGAGGGCGCGCCGAGGCUGCUCUGGUGCUACGAGCUCCAGGACUUGCCAGAGGUCCUGCGCGUGGACGCGGACGCGGACUGGGCGUCUACGACGAGCCUCUUCAGGACGUCGACCUCUGGAGGCGUCGUCCGUUUCGGAGGCCAUGCGGUCGAGGCGUUCGCGGUCAGCCAGGCCACGCAGGCCUUGUCGUCGGGGGAGUCUGAGUUCUACGCGAUCGGCAGUGGCGCCGCACGGGGCUUGCAGGCGAAGCACUUCCUCGGCGAGGUGGGCGUCACCGUGCGCCCGGUCGUGGCCAGCGACAGCGCUGCUGGCAGAGGGAUCUGCCAGCGCCACGGCGUGGGAAAGGUGCGCCACCUCGAGCUGCGGUACCUCUGGCUACAGGACCGCGUCCGAUUGCGACAGCUAGAGUUGAUCAAAGAAGCGACCAGUGACACGGUCGCGGACAUCCUCACGAAGUACGUGGAGCCCGAGACGCUGUACAAGCACAUGGCGACCAUGAACCUGCGGCCCGUGCCGCUCGGGGCAAUGGUGGUGAGCGCACUGCUGCCGACGGCGCGUGGCCAGGAGACGGAGGCGGGCGCCAAAGGGGCGCCCUGGCUGCUGAUCGCGAUGGCUCUGAGUAUCGCGCUGCUCUCUUUCCUCGCAGGCUGUUGUGCUGGAGCCCGAGUGCGCUCCACCGCGGUUUGCGACGAGCGUCCAGACACGCUGAUUGAGGACAGUGCGGCUCCUGAGCAGACCGCAAGCGACGGAGAUGCGAGAGUGCAGCUAGUUCUCUCACGGCUGACAGUGCCUGACGUUCGAGCGACGGCUCGCGCGAACAAGAUUGGCCUUGGUUCGGGCUCAGUGCGGAAGGAGCGCCUGAUCGAGAUGAUAAUCUCGGCUGGUGCGGGCCCGAGUGUGGAGCAGGUAGAGCGCCUAGAGCGUGUGCGUGCCCUGCUUUCUAAGGCUGGUCUUACCUGUUCUGUGCAGCCGCGCCUCCUGCUUACGAAGCAGGUCCUGGAGGGUCAUGUGGUGCUGUUGGAGACGGCUUGCACGCCGUUGCGGAAGAUCUCGGAGUGA